GCAAAAUUAACAAUGGCAAACCCUAAGGUUUUCUUCGACAUGACCGUCGGUGGUGCAUCAGCCGGCAGGAUUGUGAUGGAGCUGUUCGCUGACACGACUCCAAAAACCGCCGAGAACUUCCGUGCACUUUGCACUGGCGAGAAAGGAACUGGCACAUCCGGCAAGAAGUUGCACUACAAAGGAUCGUCGUUCCACCGUGUGAUCCCCAAUUUCAUGUGCCAGGGCGGUGAUUUCACCAGAGGUAACGGAACCGGGGGGGAGUCCAUCUACGGCAAUAAGUUCCCCGACGAAAAUUUCAUUAAGAAGCACACUGGACCAGGAAUCCUCUCCAUGGCCAAUGCCGGUCCAAACACCAAUGGAUCGCAGUUCUUUAUCUGUACCGCGAAAACCGAAUGGCUCGAUGGCAAGCACGUCGUGUUCGGGAAGGUUGUUGAAGGAAUGGACGUUGUGAAGGCGAUCGAGAAGGUUGGAUCUGACCGUGGAACCACGUCCAAGCCGGUUGUGAUUGCCGAUUGCGGUCAAUUAUCUUAGAUCCUUAUAUCUCAUUUCCUGCUUUAAAUCACAAUUUUGUCAUUAGAUUUCUACUGGUUAUGUGAGGGUUUUUGUCAAUAGGUCGAUCAGUGAGUUGAUGGUUGAUGAGAUGAAGUAGCUGGUAUGAAAUAAAAUUAGGUUUGAUUAGCGUUUUGAUGUUGGAAUAAUUGGGAGGUAUUAUCUUUUCCGUACGU